AUGGAAUGUGUUUAUCCCGCAUCACAACAGCAUUCUGCCGCUCAGAACGCGAUGAAGCCUGUCUAUUCCAUCCCAAUCGACGUCGUACUAUCGAUCCUCAUAUGUGCUAUCAAUGUACUGGGACCUCCGCUCAAGCGUGCAUCUGGUCCCACGAGGUUCGGUUGGACGAUAUUGACCCAUUUCUGUCGCUACUGGAGAUCGAUCGCUCUGGAGGCGCCAAUCCUCUGGAUAUCGAUUCCUUUAGACGCUGGUCCCGCCUUGUCCCGAGUGUUUCUCAGACACUCUCGGAGCGCGCCUAUCUACGUGGAGCAGAAGCUCGACGGCUUUACUAGACCCGCUGAUAUUCAGCUCGUACGAGAAACGUUGGGUCAUAGCUCGCACAGGUUGAGAUCCUUGAAGCUCGGGUUGGAUCCCAAUGUCGUCCAAAUUCUCAAAGACUGCUUUUUGACCAUUCAGCUACCCCUACUUGAGGAGCUCCACCUCAUGAGAGCAUACCGCAAUGACCGCCGUAUCCCUAAUAGGAUCCGGAAUGUGCCCUUCCCCGUCGAUGUCCCUCGGCUUCGUGCCCUCGGCAUCAGCUACUUUUUCACGACACCUUCAUCGAGCAUUCUCGAGAACGUCACCGUUCUGUAUCUUGAUUUUACUGGCAAGUACGCUCCCGGAGGGGGCGUGCGAUGGUAUCUUCCAAUUGAAACGCCUCGGUGGGAUGAAUACCAUCGUCUCAUGAUUUACUGCAUCUCGCUUCAAGAGCUUACUCUGAUCAACGCUCUGCCGUACAAAGGUGGCUCUUUGCCCCCAGCUCUGCCGGUGGAUUUGCCGUCAUUACGUACCCUCACUCUUCAUCAUUUUGACGGAGAGCAGGACUGCGGCACCUUCCUCAUGUUACUGCGUGCUCCCUUCCUCUCGCACCUCACGCUGAGUACAGCGGCGACCUUUACGGAGGCGGAAUACAGUGGCACAAUGGACCCAGAAGGACUCAUAUCCCUUAGCAGUCUCCAUUCGACGGGGCCACUGUCUUUGACCUUCCAGAAGAACGAGAAGUCCGUCUACCUUGAAGGUCUGAGCGAACACUCUGGUUUUGUUCGCCGUUCCCAGUUCAAAUUUGAUCUUGCAUGGGGCGGAUUCCGCGAUGAGUACGAAGAUGUACCGGGAGGCGCAUGGAUAGCCAAUCUCAUCAUUCACAUACUCGGGCAGGCGCCGCUCGUGCACGUUCAAGAACUCUGUCUGGACGUCUCCACACUUCGACUACGGGCUUUCAGAUGGCACGGCAUCCUUCGUGCGGCUCUCAAGGUUAAAUGCUUGAUCAUUGUGGUGAGCACCGGUCAAAGUCUGGUCUCAGCGUAUGAUCAGCCAGGUCCGUUUCGCGAGCCAUCCAUGCUGCAGCGCGAGGAAGACACGCUACCUCUUGGCCGUCAACGUCUUGACAUACACGAGGCGUAUGCCCGACUCAUACCUUAUGCUGAGGUCAAGACGCGCCCUGCGCUUACAUUGGCGGAAGUUCUCGAGCACGCGAUGGCGUCCCGGACGGGCCCAUCUGUGGAUGUCCCUUAUGACAUUCAGCUGCGCUCUCGUGACAACCGCGCUGGCCCUCUUCCCUCCAGUGAGAGUGAUAGCGAGAGCGAGAGCGAGAUUGAGAAUGACUAG